AUGUUCUGCCAGGGUUGCGGGCUAAGCGCAAUGCGGCACCGCGACCUCGGCCCAGAGAAGAAGAAGGAACAGGGGGUACUAGGGCGGACGUCUUCAGCAACUCGUCUCUUCGACAAGUUGCGUGCACGCAUAUGUCGCAGUAGGACGCUUUUCUCUCAUCCUGAAGAGAACCUGGAUGCUACUUUACCAGAUAAUAAUGGCGAUGUUAAUGAGACGGUGAUAGGCAGUGACUGCACCUCAAAAGGUCUUUUGGACAAGGGUCUCGCGUCUUCGCCUUCACACGCGUCUGUAAUUACGGUGAGAGAAACCAAGGAAACCUUUGGAUGCCAUUUAUGCUCGUUCGAUGCUGAUAGAAUAACAGUUCUAGACAGACAUCUUCUAAACGACCACAAAAUUGGUUUGGACAACCUUCUAAAACUGGUCAUGGCAAAAACCAAAGAUGGUUUAUCAGAUGAGAUCGUUAACACUGCAAUAUAUGGCAUAAGACAGCCGUAUUACAAACCUCUUGACGAAAUAAUCGAAGAUGGGGAAUUCGUUAUAGAAACAGUGUCGCCGAAGAUAAAGAUUCUGAAACACGCAUCAACGAAUACGGAAAACCAUUGGUCCGAUUUACCCGAUCUAAAGGACAAUUGUCGAAUGAUAUCUAAAGAAUUGGAGAAAUUAAUCAAAUAUCCCAUUGAAGAAUAUGAUAAAGAAGACUUUUUACUUAAAAUGCAAACUCUAAACGAUUGUAUGUGCAAAUUCGUUGAUUCUUCAAACACAUUGAAGAAGGUUUUGACUAAAGAGUUUGAUAUGAAGCAUUCGUCAUCAGUUCGCGAUCAUUUGAAUUUGGAACAGCCGUUCUAUGAUUUAUGCUUGGGAGAGUAA